AUGGAAUUUGAAGAAACCAUAUCAUCGGAAGAUCAGACGUUCUGUUCUCCUACCAAGCCGACAGGUCUUCUGGAGGGCACCUUUCCGAAGCCACUGUCAUCUCCGGGGAAGCGCAUAAAGGUCUUAAUUCGCGAUGCCACAAGCGAGGAUCUUCCAGCACUAGUUGAUAUCUUCAACGAAGAAAUUGCGACCUCUACCUGCACGUUCCGGAUGAGACCAGUGGAUAUCGAAGAUCGACGAGCAUGGCUAUCGGAACUCACAAAAGACGGAUAUCCCUGCCUGGUGGCUAUACACGCCGAUGAUACUGGGAAAGAAACAACAAUCGGGUGGUGCAACUUGUCACGGUAUCGAUAUCAAGAAGCCUACAACGCGUGCGAUUUCAUCUUAUCUCGAUUAGAGUCUUCUAACUCAGAGCGCAGGACUGUAGAAAUCAGCAUGUAUACCCAUCGCGACUUCCGGGGUCGAAACAUCGGAUCGAAGCUGCUCAAAGCUAUCUUGCUGGAAGCACAAAAGCGAAACUACAGGACCAUUCUAGCUAUGGUCGCAGCCGAUCCAGCAUCGAGCGAUCGCGAGAGGUUCUGGGUGCAGCGAGGCUUUGAACUACGAGGCACUCUGAGAGAACUUGGCUUCAAAUUCGAUCGGUGGGUUGAUGUUGGAGUAUACCAACUCAUGCUUGAGGGUCUCGUUCACCGUACCAAGGACAAUUGA